GGGCUUCCCGGUAGUUAUUCGGGCACUCCUCACAGGAGAGACCUGUACCACAAAAAUCAGUUUUCUUUUGUUUUGUUAAUUUUCUGUUGUUUUGUAACUGUCAGCUAUGGAGACUUACGGCAACACGCACAAAAAACAGAAGCUGAGCAACGUUACUGAGAGCUGGGGAAUGCAACGUGCAACAAAUGUCACCUAUCAAGCUCAUCAUGUCAGCAGAAAUAAGCGUGGACAGGUUGUAGGAACAAGAGGGGGAUUCAGAGGAUGCACCGUCUGGCUGACUGGUUUAUCUGGGGCAGGAAAGACCACAGUGAGCAUGGCACUUGAAGAGUACCUGGUUUGUCAUGGAAUUCCCUGCUACACCCUUGAUGGGGACAACAUUCGUCAGGGAUUGAACAAGAACCUGGGCUUCAGUCCUCAGGACCGUGAGGAGAACAUAAGACGCAUUGCUGAGGUUGCCCGGCUUUUUGCUGACGCUGGUUUGGUCUGCAUUGCUAGCUUCAUCUCUCCCUACCACAGGGAUCGUGUCAAUGCCAGGAACAUCCAUGAGGCUGCAGGGCUGCCUUUCUUUGAGGUGUUUGUAGAUGCGCCACUUGACGUUUGUGAGCAGAGAGAUGUGAAGGGGCUCUACAAGAGGGCCAGAGCUGGAGAAAUCAGAGGUUUCACUGGGAUUGACUCUGAGUAUGAUAAACCUGAGGCUCCAGAGCUGGUGCUGAAGACAGACUCCUGCAGUGUGAAUGAGUGCAUUCAGCAACUUGUUGACCUCCUCCAGGAGAGGGAUAUAGUUCCUGUUGAUGCAUCUUAUGAGGUGAAAGAGCUGUAUGUUGAUGAGAACAAACUGGAUCUGGCUAAGGCUGAUGCAGAGACACUGCCUGCUGUACAGAUUGGGAAGGUGGACCUGCAGUGGGUGCAGGUUCUAGCUGAAGGCUGGGCCACUCCCCUAAAUGGCUUCAUGAGAGAGCGAGAAUAUUUGCAGUGUCUUCAUUUUGACUGUCUGCUGGAUGGUGGUGUGAUCAACCUGUCUGUACCUGUGGUGCUGCCAGUCUCUACCGCAGAUAAAGAGCGCUUAGAUGGUGUGACAGCCAUGGCUUUGGUCUACGAGGGCAGACGAGUGGCCAUUCUUCGUAACCCUGAAUUCUAUGAGCACCGCAAAGAAGAGCGCUGUGCUCGCCAGUGGGGAACAACAUGCAAGGAGCACCCAUACAUCAAGAUGGUGAUGGAAAGUGGGGACUGGCUGGUUGGUGGAGACCUGCAGGUUCUGGACAGGAUCUAUUGGAACGAUGGACUUGACCAGUACCGUCUAACGCCUGCUGAGCUGAAACAACGAUUCAAACAAAUGAAUGCUGACGCUGUAUUUGCCUUCCAGCUCCGCAAUCCGGUCCACAAUGGCCACGCUCUUCUGAUGCAGGACACCCACAAGCGUCUCAUUGAACGAGGCUAUCGGCGGCCCGUGCUGCUGCUCCACCCACUGGGAGGAUGGACCAAAGAUGAUGAUGUGCCACUGCCCUGGCGAAUGAAGCAGCACGCCGCUGUGCUUGAAGAGGGUGUCCUGAAUCCAGAGUCCACCAUCGUAGCUAUCUUUCCUUCCCCGAUGAUGUAUGCCGGACCAACUGAGGUUCAGUGGCAUUGCAGAGCUCGAAUGGUGGCUGGUGCCAACUUCUAUAUUGUGGGCCGUGACCCUGCAGGGAUGCCCCACCCUGCCACGGGAAAGGAUCUGUAUGAACCCACUCAUGGAGCAAAGGUGCUCACCAUGGCACCAGGUCUUAUCACCCUGGAGAUUGUGCCCUUCAAGGUCGCCGCUUACAAUAAGGUCAAAAAAGCAAUGGACUUUUACGAGCCCAAAAAACAUGAAGACUAUGAUUUCAUCUCUGGCACCCGAAUGCGUAGGAUGGCUCGCGAGGGUGAGAAUCCUCCUGAUGGCUUCAUGGCACCAAAAGCGUGGGCAGUGCUGAAAGAGUAUUAUAAGCUUCAGGAGAAAGCCUGAAAGUGGAGACUGGAGUAGAAAAAUGUGGGAACAUGGUGGUGGGGACCGCUCACUUACUGUCAAAAAGGAUCUCCUUGUUUGUCGUUUUGUCAGUCAUGAUAUUAAUUUUUCAGAGUAUAUUGUUUUACAUAGAACAGUUCAACAAAAUCUACUAUAGGAGGCCAGAAUGUUGUUCAAUUGCUAUUUCCAACAUAAACACAGCCACGUGUGUUUAAUAUGUAAGACUGUAAAAAUCUUUAAUCAUUAAGUUCUUCAUCCAGAUUUUAACUUUGAAGGAGCAAAUUUGGAAAAAGAAAAUAGUUUUGAUCAAAUAAUUACUACAGAAAUCAUAUAGUUCAAAACCAGUUUUAUCUCCGACAUUCUACCUUUUCUAUUUUUGUAUGGUUGAGGUCUAAUGUUAAAUGUGUCUAAUGUCCAACAAUUCUGAGUAUUUUUACAGAUAUUCUCUAGUUACAAACAUAACUUAUGCCUGACACAGCUUGUUUGAGCCCUCUGAGACAUAUGUAACAGAAUUCCCCCCGCUUUAAAUUUGGCCCAAAUUCUUAAAAGAUCACAAGCCACUUAAUGGCUCAGGAUUGCUACUGUAUUCCAAAAUCAUAUUAAAAAUCCACUAAUUUUCAAAGUAAAGCUGGCUACAUCACACAGCAGUGCCACCUUAAUUGAGGUUAUAAAAUUUUUAAGUGCACUUUUUAGUGCAGCAGUGACACGUUUCUGAACACGUUGCUUUUUGCACUCAACAGGUCCAUCUCAUAAAAUUUUAAUAUUUGGUCAAAAAAUUCAAUAUUUUUGUGAAGUAUUUCAGAAAGUGAUUUAGUGUGUGUGUGUGUGUUGGGGGGCAUGUACUCAGAAGAGCAAGCAGCUGAAGCAGUGAGGGGAAAACAAACAUGCCCAUGCAAGUGUGCGAGUAUUUUUAGCAGACUGAACAACGUGGUGCUCUGCAAACUCUGUGUUUAGAAAUGGCUCGUCACAGCAGUACUACCGCCAUGCUCGAGUACAUGUGAAGUGGAAGCAUCCCAGUGCAACUUCUCCAGAUGGCUGCAGUAGCAAAAUGGUGCUGUCUUGUUGACUGUCACCAUGUUGCUGCUUUUAAAUGUAACGUCACACUGCUUCCCAUGAUUCAUAUUUCAGUGCCGCCUGCAUCAAUGACAGAUUUAGUCUUAAAA